AUGGAGAACGAUUUUAAGAUUGACUCAUCAUCUACCUUUGCUCUUCAAAGUUCUUCAGAGACAUUGUUUUCCAUUCAGCUGUUAGAUUUCAGAACUAGUUUACUGGAAGCAUUAGAAGAAUUACGUAUUCGAAGGGAAGCAGAAAUUCAAUAUGAAGAGCAGAUUGGUAAAAUUAUUGUGGAGACACAAGAACUUAAAUGGCAAAAUGAAACUCUUCAGAAUCAAAAGGAAACAUUAACAAAGCAACACAAAGAAGCAAUGGCAGUUUUUAAAAAGCAGUUGCAAAUGAAGAUGUGUGCCUUGGAAGAAGAAAAGGGAAAAUAUCAACUUGCUACAGAAAUAAAAGAAAAAGAAAUAGAAGGAUUGAAAGAAACAUUAAAAGCAUUACAGGUUUCUAAAUAUUCUUUACAGAAGAAAGUGAGUGAAAUGGAACAAAAACUCCAGUUACAGCUUCUGGCUAAAGAAGAUCAUCAGAAGCAACUGAAUGAAAUUGAGAAAUACUAUGCCACAAUAACAGGGCAGUUUGGAUUGGUAAAAGAGAGUCAUGGAAAGUUAGAACAAAAUGUACAGGAAGCAAUACAGUUAAACAAAAGACUUUCAGCUUUAAAUAAAAAACAAGAAUCUGAAUUAUGCAGUUUAAAAAAGGAACUAAAAAAAGUAACCUCAGACUUGAUAAAGUCCAAAGUCACAUGGCAACAUAAGAUGGGAGAAGAAAACAUCAAUUUAACAAUUAAAGAACAAAAAAUUCAGGAACUUCAAGAAAGACUCAACAUGGAAUUGGAAUUAAAUAAGAAGAUUACAGAAGAGAUUACUCAUAUUCAAGAAGAAAAACAGGAUAUCAUCAUUUCUUUUCAACAUAUGCAGCAAUUACUCCAGCAACAGACCCAAGCUAAUACUGAAUUGGAAGCAGAAUUGAAGGUGCAAAGAGAAAAUAAUCAGACCCUUGAAAGAGAUAAUGAGCUGCAAAGGGAGAAGUUAAAAGAAAAUGAAGAAAAGUUCCUUAAUCUUCAAAAUGAGCAUGAGAAAGCAUUAAGAACUGGGGGAAAGCAUAAUCUUCCAGAAGUAAAUACUGAAAACAGUGAUAUGUCAAUGGGAAAAUUACAAAACAUCAUACAGAAAUAUAAUUCUAGGGAAGAAAAUAAAGUGAGUUUUUGUUUAGAUACUGAAUAUAGAGAAAAUGAGAAAAAGAAAGGACCACUUACAGAAGAAAUCAUUAUAGAAGAUAUACAGCAUACUGAAAAAAUCUCCAAGAAUGAAAUUGAUCCUAGUGUACCUCAAGAUGAGAAGCAAAGCGAAAUCUCUGUAAGCAAAACCCUCUGCAUAGAAAAAGAAUUAAUUAGUCAAGGACAAACCUUGAAUGUUACUGACUUUAGAAAAGCAGCUACUACAGAAAUAAAAGACAAGAUGGGCUUGGAAAGAGACAAUGAAUCCCCAGAAUUUAAAUCACCAAAUAAUUCUUUUUUAGAGGCAGAUAUAUCAAUAGAAACAGACAGCAUACACCUAGAAAGAACUGAAGGAUUCGAUGUUCACUGUCCAGAUUUACAUCUGGAGGUUGAAAGUAACAGAAUAUCAUUUAACAGUGUCUUAAAUGAGAUGGCUCACAGUACAAAUCAUAAAAAAGAUGUUUCUGAACAACGGUUUAGAUUGCUUCCAGAGACUCAAGAAAAUGCUACAAAGAAGACAAUUACAAACAGUGACCAAGCCAAAAUAGAUUUGGAUUCAUCUCUGGAUGAAAAAAAGAAACCUGUUCAGUGUCAAAAAUACAAUUUACAUGACUCAAGUAAUGUUAUAUUAGAUGAUAAACAGUGUAAAAUAGAACAAAUACAACUGGUAAAUAAUAAAAGUGAGUGCAGCACACUACCACCUCAACAAACUUCAGAUGUUCAGCAAAUCUGUAAGGAUACUUCAGAGAAGCCUGGACUUACUAUUCCCUAUGACAUUGCAGUUGAAUACCCCAUUUCAUCUGCAGUUUUCAGUGAUAAUCUUAAAGUAUUUCUUAAGAAUUCAGAUACAAAUGUUAAUAUGAUGCCUAUAUUGGUGAAACCAAACUCAAGCCCUGGGAAAAGAGCUGUAUGUAAAAAUCUGAAUGACUCACAAAGUCCAUUUAAGGACUGUUUGGGAGAUUUAGAAAACAGUAUGAACAUUUCUCAACUUCAAGUUAACAAUGAGAAUAUACAUACCUCACAAGCCAAAGAUAUGAAAACUGCUGUUCACAUGAAAACUUCCACAGAAAUGCAGUUUUCCAGUAAAGAGAGUCACAUUGAUGAGAAUCAGUUAACUGAAGCUACAAAAAAUGACCUUUUCCUGUUUGUGGAUGUUAAUGAAAGACAGCAUACAUUGUUAAAUAAUACUGAGAAAACAGAGUCAUUAAAUGACAUCGUUUCAGGAAAAAUUUACAGUGAAGGACAGCUGGAAGAAUCAUGUUCAUUUCACAUAAAGCCAUCUGGAGAUUUAGUAAACAGAAGUGGAAAGUCAGCCUUUGAUCUUUCAACUUCAGAUAAAAAAACUGAGAAAACUCCAGUAUAUGUGAAUUUUUUAGACCCCAGUUCUUGGUCAAAAGUAAAUCAAAAUGAAAGUCAAACAGUGAGCACUUCAACUUCUGGCAUUCCCUUGUUGCUGAACGAGAGACCAAUAGGCCCAUCAGAAAACGAAAAGAUUGUUUCAAUGACACUUUGUAAAAAUGUCAGGAAGGAUAUUGGGCCAGAUACUACCAGCAUUAACAGAGUUGCUGACACUUUGAAUAACUCCACUAUCCAUCCAGAUCCCAAGGGAGAGCCCCGUGAAGAGAGGAAUGCAACUGCAAAGACUUCUUGUGAUUCUUCUUUUCCCACAGAACAUGUGAAAACACAGUCUCUGAAAUCAAAUCUACAAAGCCAUUCUCAGGCUCUCAAGAUUAAAGAUACUACUAAUUUAACUAUGUCUUCUUUUGGUGAAGGUGGCUGGCAGAGCCUGAUAACAAAUCAAAUAAAAGAAAGUGAAAAGUUCCUAAGCUUAGAGAAUGACAACCAAUCUAAAAAAAGAAAAGCAGAAGAGUUGUUGACAAAAACAGAUUAA